UUGACAUCGUAAUUGUAUCAUAAGACACAUAAAUCAUAGACAAAUGUAUUCUGUGCAAUGUGCAUUUGUAUUAACAUUUAACAACGACGUCGGAUGUAGUCGAUGUAGAGAAGAUACUUCUACUUCUACAGUUCUACAGUUCUGUUCUCCUCUCUACAUCGUGAUUCGUGAUAUUAAUUUAUGGAGAAAGAAAAUGGAUAACCUCAACUUUUAUUAAAUAAGCAGUGCUGCCAUAAAUAAUGAAAAAAUAAGAAUAUCCCGAUAUUUGGGUGUACUUGGUGAUCAAUGGGGAAAUGAUUGGUUCCCCUCAACGACUGUAUCUACAUUGUCCAUGGUUCUUCUAUAAUAUCUUCUUUUAUUUAUCUUCUCUUAAUAUGCUUUAUUUCCUACUAACAAUGUUGGAUUCAGUAUCAGCCUGCAGCAGCAAGCUGCUGUCCUCUCUUUGUAGUAGCUGCAGUCCAUCAAUAAAUUCUUUAUAUGUUCAGAGUGGCCGUAUGCAACAUAAAUCGGAAGAAGUGACCGAAUGGCGAUUACUCGACAGUGGCUACAACCUUUUCAUAGUCGGAGUGGUUUAUACGUUAUUCGCCCAUCAUUUUUUCAUCCAGUGUGUACGAUUCAGUAUUGACGGAAAUCUGAAACUUGGAACGUUAUCAGUGUAUUUUAAUUGGAAAUACUAUAUUUUGCAGCACCGUUUGGUGGUUUGGUUUUUUUUUGUACAUAUCGUGAAACGGUGAAACGGUGAAACGUAAACUAUUAUUAUAAGUAUAAUUUCUAUUGUAUUUUGUCCGUUUUUUAAUCGAUUUAAUAUUAACAGUAUUUACUUAUUGUUAAAUGUUAACUUAGACCUA